CUGUCAUCCAUCCCACCACCAGAACAACAUUUCCACGAUAGCACGACAAAUCUCAACCCCUCCAUGAAUACGAAUACAACCACAAACUCACAACCAACCACCUCCUCCUCACCACCCGCCAUGGCGACCUCCGAGGUCCUCCCUCCACCCACCGCCGCCUCCGAACCCAUCAUCCCCCUCCCCACCAUCCUCACCCACCCCUCCUCAACCACCCCCCAGCUCAUCACCCAAGGCGCCGAAGCCCUCCUCUACAAAUCGACCUACCUCCUCCCCACCCUCCCCUGCGCCCUCAAACACCGCCCCCCAAAACCCUUCCGCCACCCCAUCCUCGACGCCCGCCUCACCAAACACCGCAUCCUCAGCGAGGCCCGCGUCCUCGCCAAGUGCCGCCGCGACGGCGUCCCUGUCCCCGCUGUGUACGCGCUCGAUGCUGAAUUGAAGGGGGGGUGGAUCGCGAUGGAGUGGGUGGAGGGGGAUGUGGUGCGCGUGGCGCUGAAUCGGUGGUUGAAGAGGAGGAAGGGGGAGGGGAAGACGUUGGAUGAUAAGGAGGGGCAGGAGAGGGUGUUGAGGUUGAUGACGAUGGUGGGGGCGGCGGUGGGGACGAUGCAUUCGGUGGGUGUGGUGCAUGGGGAUUUGACGACGAGUAAUUUGAUGCUUAGGCCGACGGAAAAGGAAGGGGCGAAUGGAGCGGUAGAGGAUGAUUUGGAGGGGGAGAUUGUGUUGAUUGAUUUUGGACUGGCGAGUCAGAGCGCACAGGAUGAAGAUCGGGCUGUGGAUCUGUACGUUCUGGAAAGAGCUUUUGGAAGUACACAUCCCGGCACGGAGGCGCUAUUUGGGGAGGUACUAAGGGCGUACGGGGAGAGCUUCAACGGUGCUAAAGUGACGCUGAAGAAGCUGGAGGAUGUGCGGAUGCGGGGUAGGAAGAGAAGCAUGCUGGGUUAGAAAGCAAAAAAAACUUAUACAGAAAUCAUACAGCGAAGAUAGACAUGCAUCAUGGCAGAAGCCGGGUUAUUCAUAUAAAUGCAAUCAACGCAAGGCUAUGUCUAUUCCACUUGCCAUCAUCGCUACCGCCGUCUUCUUGUGCUCUCCAAGAAGCUCAAUAUGUG